AUGCUGAACUCCGAAAAAUACAAAGGGCAGACCAGCUACUCGCAGAAUAUUGUUCACAAAUGCGAAGAAAGAUUGAAGAAUGUGCUGAAAGAGCAGACACAGAUCAAAUGCAGAAUCAAAAGUAUUCAAGACGAAAUUGAAAUCAUCGACAAGCAACUGCACAAUAACGCGCCAAAGCAUAUUCUCGACAGACUUAUAAAGGGACGAACAUGUCUGUCGACCGAGCUCAGUGGCGAGGUAGCGAAAGAAGAAAAACUUGCACUCGACCACGAUGUGAUCACACUGGAGCUCGAAAAAGCGCGCAUUGAGCUGUCGAAACUCGAAGAUCUGCAGAAACAAAAUGAGCCCUUCGAGCUGAUGCAGCAGGCAGAACUCGAUGGAAUUCGCGACAAGAGGUUGAACAAGGAAAAAUAUGCUGCGAAAAAAGCAAUACAUAUGCUGCAUAAAAACCGUCGAAUACAAGAAGCAGACAAGGACGAGCAAACUCAUCAGAUAAUGACCGAAAUCGACGGAGCCCUGACUACUCACCAAAGACUGGAGCCAUUUUUAAAAGACACAGCUCACCUUGUCAGCCAGCAGAAAAGAAACGCCAAGCUGGCGGAGCAAAACUUUGACACUCGUAGAAGAGAUGAAAUUAUGAAGCUAAAGUCAGCGAUCUCUGCAAGUCGUGAUGAUAUCACAGCCAAUGAGGGCAAACGUGGCGAACGAAGGCGAAAGCAGAUUGAGAAAGAACAGAACAGAAUAAAAGAACUCAUGGCCAGCGGUUUGACCGAAAGAGCGGCGCAAAUUCAGCUUUUCCGCGAGAAAAAGAGGAAAGAAGAUGAAAAAAUUUCGAAUCUCUCUCGACCAAAAUUACUCAAGCCAUUGCUCGCGAAGGAGACCCAGUCAAAUAACUCAGAAACUGCAGCAGUUGACGUCGAGGCUCCGAUAGAACAGCUUGAUUUUGGAUCACUCGGAGACAUUGGAUCAGAUAAAGACUCAUCGUCCCAACUGAAUCCAUUAAAAGCCGGUGGGGUACAACGAGUAAAGAGCUACACAAGAUGGGGCGUCGGAAAAAUUAAUAUGAUGAAUAAACUCGGUGGUCGACCUGUUACAAUCUGCCAAAAUGAUUCUGACAGUUCUGAUGAAGAAGAAAUGGACGAGGAAGAAGAGGAGCGUCAAAAAGCUCUAGCUGCGAAACGAGCGGAAGAUGAAGGGCGAAUAUUGAUCCAGCCUGAAUUCGAUGGCCUUUGGGGCGCGGGAACUAAAGCGUCCGGCGACUUUGACGACUUCGACUUUGGAGAUCGCGAUAAUGAAACAAAAGUCAUCGAAGCGACCGACUUCGUUUCUAAGCCUGAUGUCAUUAAAUUCGUAGACUUCAAGCUAGACCAGAAAGAAGGUUACACCGUCGUCGUGCAGCUCAUCAACGUUUCGCACAAUACAUCUUCUAUUCGUUAUCAUUCGUUGUCGACGACAUUAUCAGACUUCUGCUCAGUGGAAUACGAGCCUUGCGCGCCUCUCUCGCCUGGAAUGGCUACUUCUUUCAAGCUGACUUUCCGCCCUGCUCUGAUCCAAGUUAUAACUGGAUCUAUCGUCUUUACAACUCCUCUUGGAAGCUUGACGAUUCCAGUAGAAUGCAUUCCUCCUCGCGUCCAGCCAAAGAUCGACGUCGGCCCAGAAGGAAUUCAAUUCGGAAAGACAGUUGUCGGAGAAGUUGUCGAACGCGUAGUCACGCUUACUAAUAUUGGUGCCAUGGGCGGCGAAUUCACGUGCAAAUUGCAGUUCGAAGGCGACGAACAAAGAGCUCUUCUUCAUCAAGACGAUGAUAACGAUCCUGACUCCGACAACGAUCCUGACCACAUUGGCAUCAUAGACGAAAUCAGCAUGUACCCAGAGCACGGUGGGCUGCUUCACGCUGGCUCAGACGCAGAAAUUACGCUCACAUACUCGCCGAAAAUGCCUGGGUCUACAACGGCCGAGCUGAAGAUCAAAGUAUUCAAGACGAAGAGCAACGAUUCAAAAGAUGUUGGGGCACUCUUUGUGGAAGAAUUCAUAGUAGCUGUCAACGCAUCUUCGAUUGAUCUACCAGUUUCGGUUUCCAAUAGCGAAUUUGAUCUCGGAGUGAUGACAUACGGAUUCAUGUUUCAAGAACAAUUCACGGUUCACAACACAGCCAACGCUGCCAGAGUGGUCAGUUUCGUCGUGCCCAAAGAAUUCGAGUCAAUGGUAGAAAUGUACCCAAAAACUGGUUAUGUCCAAGGCAAGUCUUCGAUGCAAGCUCAUGUCAGAUUCCAGCCAGAUGCAAAUACAGUACUUGAGCUCGAAGAGCAAGAAUCGCCAUUCUACGAUCCGGAGAAUUUCAUCAUCGAGGUUCCUGUUCUACUGAAGGUAGCAGAGCAAACACGCCCACUCGAGCUUUACGUGUAUGGAAUCGUAACAGAUAUGGAACUCAAGCUGAGCACGCACAAGAUUGAUUUCGGCUAUUGUACGAUUCACGAAAGCGUGUACCACACUGUAACAAUAACAAAUCCGACACUGCUGAUUCAAGACUUUGGUUUCCCGAACAUUCCCGACUUUAUAUCAGUUCGGCCUGAUUUAGGAUUUGGCUCGAUCACACCGGAAGAAAACCUCGAUGUCGACAUCAGUUUCAUGCCAUCCACAGCUGGCGAGUACAAAUUUGAAGUUGUCAUAGAAACUAUUAGAGGCUUCAAAGGUGUCAUCGAAUGUCAAGGAAUUGCUGUUCAUCCUCCGCUAGAAUUGUCCAAGCAACAUAUUGACUUCACCACGCCACUCCAUGGCACGCACCGAGAAUCGUUCUACAUCUACAACAAUCACACUGAAAUCGCCGAAUUCCAUCAAUCCAUUCCACGCAUUGGAAAAGAAGAUUACUUUCCCGUUGGGCCGAUCUCAUUUUGCUUCACGUAUCCGGAAUCAUGCGGCUUGAUAUUUUCUCCCGCGGUUGGAACAAUCUAUCCGGGUGAAAGACAGUUCGUCACGAUAAUGUGCAACCCGACGUUGAUGGAGAACGAUAUUAUUGCCAUGAUGCGUGCUUUACAUAUGGAAAAAACUGGCGAUGAUGGAAGCGGACUGGGCAAAACGCAGAGUCGAAAUAAUUUGGGCAGAAAGCGUUCUAUGGCACAAGUUGGCAAGAUCGGAAGAAAACAGAGCAGAACAGAGGCUGCGAAAGAUUCUUUCCAAGCUAACAAAGGAAAUCCUUUAUAUUGGGUAGCACGAGACAAACUAACGCGCUGCUACAAUUCCACCAACGAUUUCAUCCCCGUUCCUUGCUUUAUAACGCCAGGUUCCACUUCCGAAUUGACGCUCUCGUCUGAUCAGUGUCGCUAUGAAAACUGUCUCUGGGUGCACGUCCGCGUUCGCAGACUUCGACCCUGGAUAGUCGUCAAGAAUUUCAACGGAAAACCAGCAGUUGAUUUUGGAUCGGCACCGAUUGGCGAGACUGAAAAGCGAACAUUGCUGGUGGAAAAUAUUUCCGAUCAAACGGUGGAAAUGAAAUCCUCCUUGUUGGAUCCUCAUGGGCCCUUCCAGCUACUCAAUCCUUUAGGCGAGCUCGAACCUGGCGAAACGCACUUUUUGCUAUUGACCUUCAGUCCGAUCAGAGACAAGCCCUAUCAUGAAGUUCUUCAAGUGCAUCAAACUCAAGAAGACUGUGAACAUGUGGCGACUCUCGACAUCUCCAUGACUGGCACAGGUCUUCGUCCGACUUGCUCGCUGAUUCACAACGGCAUAACUCUUCCCAGCGAUCCGACCAUCAACAUGGGAAUCGUUCAACCGAAUCAAGAGGCCAAGACAACAAUCACCAUCCGUAACACCUCCGAGUUCCCGAUCAAGUUCAGAAUCUCCCUUGAUUCCGACAACGAUCAAUUCCUCGCAAAUAACCGAUCUGGACGAGUGUUGUUCAAUUGCGCCCCUUCGUUUGGAAUUCUGUCGAUGGCAGAUGAGAUCAAGCUAAAUAUUUCAUUCACACCCGAUCACAUGGGUGUGUUUAAAGAUGUACUUAACCUUCGCCUCUUCGGAAGAGAGUACGGAAAAGUCCACAUCCAUGGAAUGGCGAUUUUGAAUUCAGCCUUCCUUGAUAACGUCGGAUACUCCAGUCAACGAAAAGGAGCCGGAGUUGGUUUUUCAAAGGCCGAUAUUGGAAACGACCAGAAGAUUCUUGAGCCUGUCUUAGUCAAGCUUGAAGCUAUCCCAGAUCAGGUGAUAACGGAGUACGUUGGUAAAAUUGUGAUUCGAGCAAUUCCACUAUCUCACAAGCCGAAGACGACAUUCGAGAUCUUUUGCGUCGACAAGGACAAGACUUUCGAUGACUACCCAAUUACGAUCACCCCUGGCGUCACUGGAGAAGUAGAGUCUGGCAACGAUCUCGAAAUCUUCUUCAAGUUCGACGGAAUUAUCAAGUUGCCUUUCGACAAGUUCAUGAUUCGAUUGAAAGGAGACAAGCUCAGUGAGUACAAUCUCGUCUUUGCCACUGAAGACAUGGACAGAAGCUGGGAUGCGCUGCCUGCCAAUUCUUUGUUCUUAUAA